AUGUCGUCUAGUGGAUAUUCAUCGGGUAUAAAAAAGAACGAAUCAGCUAUAGCCUCCGACUUCGAAUCAGACGUUGAAGUUAUUGAUCGUAAUGCAGCUCAGCCGCCAAUAAGAAGAAGCUCAUCGUUAUUUUCAUUGUCUUCUAAAGAAGCAUUACCAAAACCCGAAGAAAAGGACUAUGUUGCUUUCAUAUCGGAUUCCAGACACUUCAGUUUGGUUAGAAAUUUGCACAUGGCAGAUUUCAUCACGUUGAUGAAUGGAUUUUCAGGGUUUUAUUCGAUAAUUUCAUGCUUAAGAUUUACUAGUACUGGGCAAACCCAUUAUUUACAAAGAGCUCAUUUUUUUAUUUGCUUAGGGUUAUUCUUUGACUUUUUUGAUGGUAGGGUAGCCAGAAUAAGAAAUAAGACCUCGUUGAUGGGCCAAGAAUUAGAUUCAUUAGCUGACUUGAUCUCGUUUGGCGUUUCUCCAGCAACCAUUGCAUUCGCAAUUGGAUUCCAAAGCACUAUCGAUGUGUUGUUGUUGACUUUCUGGGUAUUGUGCGGAUUAACCAGAUUAGCUAGAUUUAACAUUUCUGCAAAUAAGCUUCCAAAGGAUAAAUUAGGAAAGUCGAAAUACUUCGAAGGUUUACCAAUUCCUACAAAUUUAAUUUGGGUUGUAUUCAUGGCUUUCUUGGUCUACCAUAACAUGAUCUUGGAUGACUUGCCAGGUCCAAUUUUAUUAGAUGGUUCGUUUGCCGAAUUCCACGCCAUUUCCUUAGGAUUUUUCAUUCAAGGUUGUGCAGAGAUUUCUAAGUCCUUACACAUUCCAAAACCAUGA